AUGAAACUUUUGCCUCUUUAUUUUUCAGCUUUCUCCGCGCAAUGCCCCGAUACUGACCUUCAAAAGCUCUGUUCGGACAAAUGUACAGACUUGUUAAACGAAUGCGUGGAAGAUUGCGGAAACGAUACAAGUUGCCAGUCACGAUGCCAAGGAACUUGGCUUGACUGUCUCAACGAGUGUCCAUGUAACAGUGGCUGUCCAAACGGAUGCAUGGUCUGUUCAAAUCCAGUUUGCGGCGGCACGGGCUUUGGUUUGAUUUUAAACGAACGAUGGGGAAGCUCAAACAGAGCGUAUAGCUUGAAUUUGGCUACGGAUGAGAUUCGAGUUGCUCAAGUUUCUUACAACGAUUUCGCCUUCGACAUGGAAGAUACCUGUACUGUCAUCUUUCGAGGCCAAACUUGGUUCUUAGGAGGAUAUUUCAAUGAACGAAAGAUCGCGAAUUUGGUCGGAUGCAGUGUUGUACCGAAAAGCUACGUUCUCACUGUCGGUCACAUUGACGGUGUUUACGGCUCUUGUGGCGCUUUGAACAACGAAGUCUACAUGUGCUUCGGUCACGAAAAUCUGGGCGAAGACGUGUGUACAAGAUGGGACGGCGAAAAUCAAACUGUCGUCCAGCAGCGAUCAACAAAAUACCACGAUUGGUCGAGCAUGAUAAACUACCAAGAUCAACUGAUGACCGUCGGUGGAUGUGGCUCAAUUAUCGACUGCAACAACAUGGUAGAGUUUUACACCGAAGAGGGAGGAUGGAAAACCGGUGCCAACUUCCCUCGAUGGGAAAUUUACGGCCACACGCUCACCACAGAUGGAGCAGGAAUCUAUCUCUUUGGCGGAAAAGUGCGUGGAGCCGUCAACAGUCAAGUUUACAGACUUCUUGAUGGAGAGUGGUCUGAGCUUGGUUACGUCAAGCAAGUUUUGACCGGGGCCCUUGUCAACUCUGCCUUCCAAAUGGGCCGAAAUGCUUAUGUUGGAAAAGAAUACCUCGAAAAAUUCACCCUGACGAGCGACAAUGUUGAGUCUGAGUCGAUUUAUGCUCCUGAUACCAACGAUUUGAAUCUCUACUACUCGCCAAUGAUCUUUUCAGACACCAUCAUGUGCGCUUAG